CCAGCGUGGCAGAAGAGUGAGGACUAAGCUGCCAAAGGAACAAAAUGUCUAAAUUGUAUGCUCAUAAUUAUGAGAAUGCUAGGCGUCUGGUGUCCAGUACAGUGGAGAGUCUAACUGGGAAGUUUUUCCCGAGUGUCUCGUUUGAUCAGCUUGGGGAAAAUUCUUAUGGUAAUGAGGUCGUAUCAAGCUUACCUCUUCAAAUGGUGCUUUACUUCUCAGCUCUUUUCUUUCCAUUUUGGUUAACGUCUUCAAUGAUCAUGGUGACACUGAAGUUUCAAUACGUGUCCAACUUAUAUCAGUUUGUCCUGGUUGCCAUAUAUGUGGCAGUUCCUCUGAUUGAGGUCAUUCGCCUGUAUAUUGGACAUAUUGGAAAUCUAGAGGAGAAGGUUCCAGAACUGGCAGGCAGCUGGCUCCUCACUCUCCUUUUGCAACUCCCUCUCCUUGUUUUUCUGCUGGUCGUUCCGGGAAUUUGGCCUCUGCCCAUGGACUAUGCGGUCAACUCCAUUUUCCUUAUAUUCAUAGUGCUGCAUCUCCUGUUUGGAUAUUAUGCAAUAAAUACAACUGCUGCCCAUCAAACUAGGUUAUAUCACAUGUACAUGGUGAUGAGGCAGAACCAUGAUGAAUGAAGUAGCUAUACAUUGUCAUAUUUGUUACUCAUUGCUACUCCUAUUACUAUGAGUGAUAAUUGUUAUAAUUACUUUAACUAUUGUUUUUUUUUUUUUUUAAAUAAGUGUUUUUAUAUAACUUCAAUGCUUGCCAUUUCUUUCUUACACACUUUUUACUCAUAAACUACAUGGUGCUCCUGUCUGCUGAUUUUUCUUCACUUUUAGUGUCACACAUCUUAACAAAUUUGUAAACACACACACACACACACACACACACACACACACACACACACACACACACACACACACACACACACACACACACA